CCAUCGUUUGACACUGGAAAGCGUACGCAGCGCCACCACAUAGAAUGUUGUGAAUUUUUCUUGGUGUUUUUCCUGCACAAUUUUCCUGUAAAUCCCGCUUCUGGGUGAUUAUUUCUGCUCUUGAGGACUUUUACAUUAAUCCAGGAGAAAGUUGGUGGUAGAAAAAUUGUAUUUGGAACCGGAAUACCUGCAGCUUGGUGGACAUAACCUCAAUCUGGAAUGGACGGAACAGCCCAUUUGCUGGAGGAAGUGGACAAGAAGCUAAUGGUGCUACUGAGAGAUGGCCGGACACUGAUUGGUUACCUCCGGAGUGUUGAUCAAUUUGCAAAUCUUGUCCUGCAUCGCACCAUUGAGCGAAUUCAUGUCGGCAAUGAAUACGGUGACAUUCCGAGAGGUGUCUUCAUCAUCCGGGGAGAAAAUGUAGUUCUCCUGGGUGAGAUAGAUCGGGAAAAAGAGAACAAUCUUCCCCUGACUGAAGUGUCUGUGGAUGAUAUCCUCGAUGCACAGCGCAGGGAACAGGAACAGCGACACGAGAGGCACAAAGUCAUCUCCAAAGCCCUCAAGGAGCGUGGAUUCAAUCUCAAUGCUGAUCUUGUCCCUGAUGAUCUGUACUGAAGCCCUUUAAGUCCCAGAUAUGAUUAAAUCUUUUUUAUUAUCCCCAAAGUA